GAAGGAGCCGAGGAAGGCACCGGAGGCGGCGACGGCGACGACCCGCCGGAGGGCGACGACGAGAGCGCCGAGGAGGGUCAGGAAGGUGAGGGCGGCCAGCGUCGCGGUCGCGGCCGCCCGAAGAAGGACGUGCUCGUGCUGGAGAAGGACAUGUGGCGAGAGUUCAUGGGCUGCGAUGCGACGUCCCGCAUGUUCAACAAGCACAGCGACGUGACUCGCCGUCUCGCCCAGCGUUGGAUCGCCAUUUGCCAGUCCAAGGGCAAGGCGGCAAAGGCUGAGGCCGAUCAGACUAAGUACUCGUUGGCGACCAAGCGCCUCAUGAUCAUUGAGCAGGGCAUCAAGUUGCACCGCAAGCGCAUCGAGAGCGGUUCCUCCGAUAAGUCGUACGCCGAGUGGGACUCGGGCUUCCGCAGCCUUCAGGAGUUCGCCAGGGCCGACCCAGCGCAGCCUUUCACGUGCGAGCUGUUGUGGGACAUGCGUCUGACUCUCAAGGCAUCGCUGGGCAGGGCGUCCAUGUGGUCCUCGACGCCCCCCGCUGUCUGGGCCACUGAGUUGUCGGCGAGGUCGCUGCAGGAGUCUUUCGGGUCACUCUGCGACGUUAAGGACAAGCAGUCCACUUACAUCAAGCAGUUGAUCGCCGCCGCGCUCCGCUCCAGAGCCCCGCUCGAGGAGGUUAAGCACGUCAUUUCCAAGGUGAUCGAGUGCCUCGACGCGUUGCCGACGGGGCCCCCCGCCCCCCAGUUGGACCGCGACCUCUCGCAGGAAUUGCGCUCCAUGUCAUUGGCGUUCACGUUGCCGGCGAAGUCCUUCGAUCAGAAGGUCCGCGCGAGCCUCCAGCAGGCGAAGAUGGACAUGGCGGACACUUCGAGGCUCUUGAACUUGCUCAUGCAGUACCCGGCGCAGGGGAAGCCCCUCGUCGACGCGUUCGACACCCG